CAAGCCACGGUAUCUGUAGCAAUYGUCGUUGACGUUGUUGCUGAUUUUGUCGGUUCGUUGUAUUGCAACCAAUUUUCGGGCGACCAGGCCACCCCAGCAUCAAGCCCUUCUACCAAAUGGAGCUGAAAGGURUGGCGCUGCCGGUCGCUAAAAUUCGGUAGACUAAAAUGAUCGAGGGUUCCACAAAAGACGACCAGAUCCCCCGCCUGCACCUCCACGGGAACAAAAUUGAGAGACGAGACAUCGCCACAAUCCGUAUCACUUGCUGCCGCCUCGACCGAUUCGGGCAGACCUCCUUCCCACGUGACCUCGGGGUGGUCGUGAUGGGUUCGAAAGGUCAGCUUGGACUCGCCGCCGUCGCUAUCUUUGCCAUCGUUCUUAUUGUUAUAUCUCGGGUUUCGGAUAAACUGCCGCCGCAGGGGCUCGAAAUGGGAUUUCGGCCGGACCCAGAGGCAUCCAUUUUCGAGGGUAGCGUCGUCCAACGCCAGCCACAGACCCAGGCAGGUCUGCCGCGGGGUAGUGUACAAAAAGGUAGAAUCCUGAUGGGAAUGAACGGCCCCGCCGACCACCGGAUUCUUGAAAAUGUACAUGGACUGUGGUACCACGGGGUCUCGAUACCCCAGCGACAAGACCAGCUCACGCAAUUUGUCGGAUGUUGUGUAGUCAAAGAAGGGCUUGUGGACGUCAUCAUCGUUGUCGUUGUCGUUGUCGUUGUCGUUGUCGUUGUCGUUGUCGUUGUCGUUGUCGUAGUUGCUGAUGCCUCUUCGAAACGACGGGGGGAGGUGCAACCCGUGCCCCGCCUUGCACAGGGCAAGCAGCUUUCGGUUUUCUUUCGGAAACGUUUCCCCGUUCCUGCAGCAGUUCUCAUCCCGAAAUUCCGGUUUUAGGGCUCCGGUUUCGGAGUCGAGCGCGGUGGGUUCCGCAAAGUAGGCCACUGUUGCGGCGCUUUCCAGAAAGGGAUCCCCCCUGGCUUCAUUGGACUCGGCGUCGGUCCCAAAGGUCGUGGCAACUUGCUCGUCGUCUUCUUUUUCGUCUUCGUUCCCGCCGUGUUUUGUUCCMGGUUUCGUGGUUCCUUUUGGGUACCAGUGCUUGCGGACGGAUUCCGACAUGGCAGCCUUGAGCGUUCGUGCCUCAUCGGGAUCACAGAAUCUACGCGCAACAAAGAAUCCAUUGGAAUCAAAAUGCCGCUUGCGAAAGGAGGAGGAGCAUGGUUUCUUCCCCACACUUUGUUCGGAAUCGCUCCUAACUCCGUCAACCCAAGAAGGGGGGACAGGGGAUAAUGAAUCCGAUGCGCUUUC